GUACGACCUCGAGUUGGAGACAGGUACCCUCAGCCGUGGCGUGGUCUCCAUCACCGGGAGUGCGAAGUCAGCUGGCAGCACGCCAAGCGAAGACAUCUCAAAUCCCGAUGUCGUCUUCGACUGCUGCGACACCGAUUCCUCCGGUGAGCUCGACAUGCACGAGCUGAAGUUUGCCCUGAAUGCCUUCGGCUUAUUUCCAAGCCUCGACUACCUGAGGGACUGGAUGGGACACCGCAGCAGCGUCGACCGGAAGGCAUUCCACAAUCUCCUGGACCAGAAGAAGCGCAGCGCACCGACGUCCAUGAGGCGGCCACGGACUAUACCCUACGCCCGCCGAGGAGUCCGUAUGCAGCAGUUGGAUGACCUCCAGCAUGCCUUCAUUUCCAGCGGCUGGCUGAAGUCGAAGUGCGACAUGUUCAAUGAAGAGAACAUGACUGCGAUUGCCAAGGGAACUGACUUCGCCAUGGACACGAACCUGUACGCACUGAAUCGCUGGGUGAUCAUGCCAGGCACGUCGCCGAGCGCAGUGGAGUCCUUGUCCCCAGACUUGCGCAGGUCAGCUGGCAUGCCUGUGCCCACCCAUGAGUCCUCCUAUUCGGAGCUGAUGAAUUCUGCUGGACUUCCCGUUGACUACUUUGUCUCGCACUUCUGGGGCCAUCCUUUCCAGGACACCUGGUCAUCUCUGAGCCUUUGGUCGUCGCAAGUCCACUGGCAAAUCGGGAAGGAGCCUGAAAACAUGGUCUACUGGGUGUGCCUGCUGGCAUUGAACCAACAUCAGCCAGGCGAAGAGGUUGGUGGCUCUCCGGAGGACGGGGCGACAACCGAGGGAAAUACGCCGAAGAGUUCAAUGAAUUCCCUCGGCCUAGCCAUGAUGUUAACCCUCGUGUUUUUCGCAUCAGCUUGGCUGGCCGUCAGUGUCGAUAACACAGCCUGUGCUGCCGACGAUUGCUCCGCCAGGGACGACUCCGCCCUUCUGCAACACAGGGGACGAGUCGCGGAUCGGAUGUCGGGGAAAGGCUUGGCACUCGAGGGUGGGGGAUUCAGGGCACAUGCGGCGCACACCGGCGUCUUGACGGCGCUUCUGAAUGUCACAAAGGCAACGUCGAAGGGUGCUGGACCGGAUCUGAGAGAGCUCAUGAGGAACGUGAAGGUCAUCUCGUCAAUCAGCGGGGGCUCCUGGUGGUUGUCCCAGCUGGCCUACUCCCAAGCCUUUCUCACUCUGAUUGAGACCAUGGCAGUUGAUCCAAAAGCAGCCGGGCUCCUGUACCAGGAGCAGUGGAUCAGCCCUUUUCUCCUUGCCAUCCUGGAGUCGGAUCUCAUGCCAGUCCCAGUCCCCACACAAGAUCUGGGUGGUGCGUCUUCCGAUAAUUUCAAUCUCAGGGCAGUCCUGGAGAGCCAAACGCCAAUGCUAGAGAAGCGGAAGAGAAAGCGCAAGAUGAAGGAAGCCAAGUACGUGAACAAUGACAGAGGCGUUGCUGACUCGUUUGGGAUGAACUUCAUCGAGUUGUUGAUUGAGGUUUUCUUCCUGGGAAGGGCCGGUUCAAGCUGGCAGCGGGUUGUGGCAGAACUCUUGCACAGCACCAGCCUGGGUGACAUGACGGGCUCCGAGACCCUGGGAUCGCCGGUGAACGAGUGGGCAACGGGCAAGUGGUGGCUGGCCGGGACGAGCAUCAGCACCCCAGGGGGUAAAGGCCCGGGGACGUGCCAGUGGUUCAAGUUCCAAGGGGCCUGCGCCUUGCAGCUCAUUGGCUCACCAGGACAGACCCUCAUUUAUGAGAACGGCACUGACGUGGGCAGUGCCUGGAUGUAUUCCGCAAUUCGGUGGUGGCAGAGUACUGCUGCCUGGACACCGGCUCGUUUCAGCACCGUGCUGGGUGCGGGUGCUGGGCAACCUGCACCCAUGAAGUUCUGCGAAAAUGAGUGUGAGAACCUGCAGCUCCACUACCAGGCUAUUGGUGAGACAGCUGUUGCCGAAAAAGAAGGCAAGUACGAUUUCUUCGCCACUAGUAACACAUCCCUCUUCUCGGCAGUAAGUGGGUCCUCUGCGUUUGCGGGUUUCACUGUAAUUCUUGAUAGGAUCCUGCCUUCCAUUAUCACUGCGAUUAUGGCUGCGGUGAAGAAGCUGAAAGUGGUGCUUCCUUCAGGAUUGGCAGAGAAAAUACAGCAGGGCGUCUCCAAUAUUUUGCAUGCGAAGCUGGCGGUUUGGUCCCAGUCAGCCAAGAACGGUGUGCUAGCCUUCCAAGAGGCGUCUGCCACGUUGAGGGAAAUCACGAAGUCACAGGGCCAUCCGCCAGACCUUUCCUUAGACUCCGUGGCAGAGCAGGGGCUCAUGGCACUCGUGGAUGGAGGCAUGACGGACAACACUGGAAUUGGCCACGCACUCGCUUCUGGCCAAAACGAGAUCAUCUGCUUCGAGCCGGACCUGGGUAAUGUCUGGCAGCUGAUGGGUGGCAUGAAAGAUUACGUUGACCUUUUUAUGCUUCCCGAUGUUAUUAACCCUUGCCCCAUGUGCUUCGCGGCUUUUCAACUGUUCAAGGAGGACUAUAAGGAAGUUCAAAGCCGAUGGCAAAGUGUCUCGACGCAGCUUUGGAUCGAUCCCGCACUCGUGCACAAUCUGAACUCCAUCAGCGUUGGCACACUAACCUUGACCACACAAAAGAACGAUUACUUUGGUGUGCCGGAUGGUCGCGGCGUGGUGCUCCACAUCGUAAGCGUCAACACCUCCAUCGGAAUAGGAGGUUACAAUUACUACGACUAUCCGAAGCUGGUGCAGGACAUCGUGACCGUCUUGGUCAGCCCAAGCAACAAGAAGGCAACAGGCACGAUGUUAGACUGGAAUGCUGUGUCAACCGUCGGAUCUAGCACGCUCAAAAAUGUCGGAGCAGUCCAGGAGGGCCCUUUCAAUGCCGCGUUGGUGCAAAGUGCAUGUGGGGCGGUCAUGGUUGUGGACGAAGAUGUUUCCCCGUUCUCGAGGAUCUGGUGUCUCUUCGAAGUGAAGCGCCUCACAGAUCUGAAGAAG